CUCUUCGAACGAGUCAUUUCCUGGCUUCCCCAAAAACUCAGGCGAAAACUAUGGAUGCUGUGGUUCCGCUUGCGCCAGCCCUUCACACCUCUUGAGCUCCGCCGGUCGCUGCGCGUCCUGCGCCUGGUCCACGCAGACUGCUACCAUGAGUCCUUCCCCACGGCGCGUGCUUGGCUACACCUCACAAACCUCCUUUUCCGACUGCCAUGGCAUCACCCGUGCCGCCUUCCGCCGCCUCCGAGCGAAAUCAUGACUUAUCCGGAACGGCAGUACUUUUACACGCACCACUCCGCCCUGCUUCUCGAACGUCUGCUUCCCCUCUGGCGCUGGCGCGACACGGCAACCCGCUCCUUCUUCCGCAUGUAUGAAGGCUUCUGC